UCGUUUUCGCAAUCUGGGCAGAACAGAGCCGCUAAGUUUUUAUAAAAAUUCGAUACCCGUGAAAAGAUGGCGGACCAAGAAACAAAGCAAAAGAUUUUAAAUUUUAACAUUGGAGUUUUAGGCCACGUGGAUAGUGGGAAAACGUCCUUGUCAAAGGCACUAAGUACUACAGCUUCUACAGCUGCUUUUGACAAAAAUCCACAGAGUAAAGACAGAGGAAUCACGCUUGACCUUGGAUUUAGCUCAUUUCUGGUUGACUUGCCAAAAAAAUUAACCUCUCAAGUUUCUGAACUGAACUACGAUGUUAGUGAGCUGCAAUUUACAUUAGUGGAUUGCCCUGGCCAUGCUUCGCUGAUAAAAACAAUAAUAGGCGGUGCACAAAUAAUUGACAUGAUGAUGCUCGUAAUUGAUAUUACCAAAGGAAUGCAAACACAAACUGCUGAAUGCUUAGUGAUUGGUGAAAUUCUUUGUGAAAAGAUGGUUGUUGUUUUGAACAAAGUAGACAUGGUGGAAGAAAAGCAACGUAAGACUGUUAUUGAAAAGAUGCAAAAAAGAAUGUUAAAGACUCUUGAAAACACGAGGUUUGCCAACAGUCCUGUUGUUGCUGUGGCAGCAAAAACUGGUGGUGCAGAAUCUGAUUCUAGUGAAUCGAUCGGUAUACAGAAUUUGAUUGACUGUUUGAAAGAACAUGCUUAUGUUCCAAACAGAAAAACCACUGGUCCAUUUAUGUUCUCUGUUGAUCAUUGUUUUUCAAUUCGUGGACAAGGUACAGUCUUGACUGGAACUGUUCUAUCUGGUUCUGUUUCUAUAAAUGAUACUAUCGAGAUACCUGCACUGAAGGAGACCAAGAAAGUCAAAUCCAUGCAGAUGUUUCGUCAGCCGAUUAAAACAAUUGUCCAAGGAGACCGCUCUGGAAUUUGCGUGACACAAUUCGAUCCCAAGCGUUUAGAGCGAGGUGUAGUUUGUACCCCUGGGUACUUAGUGUAUUUGUACGGGGCUGUGGUGCGCGUGAAUAAAAUCCCAUACUUUAAAGGAAGUUGUAUAAACAAAACGAAAUUCCACAUCACUGUUGGCCACGAAACUGUAAUGGCGAAAUUACAAUUUUUCGGCCCGCCACCAACUUACGAUGCAGAUAAAUACCAAGAGUGUUUAAAUACGGAUUUAGAGUAUAUAUUUAAACUUGGUUUAAACGAUAAUGCAAGUGUUGUAGACUCGAAGUCUUCAUCAUUUCUUCAGUAUGUUAUAUUAGAGUUUGAUAAACCUAUCACGUGCAUGAAAGAUUCACUGUUGAUUGGUUCACGGUUGGAUACUGAUAUCAAUUUAAAUACAUGUCGUUUGGCGUUUUAUGGUCGGAUUGAGGUGCCGUUUUUAAGUAAAGAUUACGCGAAAACGUAUCUACCGUUUUUAAAAAUCUACAAAACGAAACAAAAAGAUGGAAUUGUUGAGCGGAUGAUGGACGAUUAUACUGUAAUAGUAAAAUCAUUAUUUAAAAAGGAAACCAAUAUGAAGUUGUUUGAAAACAUGAAGGUAACUCUCUCCACCGGAGAGCAGGGUGUCAUUGAAGGGACGUUUGGACUGAGUGGAAAGGUUAAAAUCCGUGUUUCAAACGGACUAUCGGAUUCGACGAAAGAAAGACUAGCUACAACUAAAAGAGGUAGAGAGAAGAAAAUGGAGGAUUUGAGUUUAAACGAAACUUCUGAACCUGUAAAAAUAUUUUUGGAUUUUAAAAAGUUUAUUUACGAUGAAAGUCAUAAGAUGAUUCAAACGUGAGUUUUUGUAAGCUUUGUACAACUUAAAAUUUUCUACUUAGAUGUUUUUUCGAAAUUUUUAUCUCUUAACUUUUGGUUUUGUGUUGCUGUAUGAACACCUGUUAAAUUCAAACUGAUCCUGUUUUGAAUACAUAUAUGUUCUAUA